AUGCCGCUGGUGCUGAACUACCGCUUCACGUUUAUCGACGCAGAAGACGACGAAGAGGCAGCUCAGGGUGUCCAGCUUCGACGGGCGCUGACACCACCACCUCCGCGUCCCGGUCACAUGAGUCAACUUGGUGAAGCUGCUCAUUCACAGGUGCUCGAGGUUGCACGCUGCCGAGACUACUUGAAUGGCUUGAUGCGUGAACGCGGACUCGUUGAUUCCAGGAAGCAUGGCGCGUUCAGACGAAUGUCGGAUGGAAGCAAAGAUUUCGACGCCAGUGUAGAUGCUCCGAAGGGUGCAUCGGAACAGAUGAGCGUUGGCAGCUUGGGCCAUCCCAUCGCAUGUCGUCGCCCAUGUGUGCACAUGAUGAAACAUCGUCAAUGCCCGGAAGGCAGUGUCUGUGGCUACUGUCACUUCCCACAUCCGCGGGAGGUCAAGCUGGACCGAGUGCAGCGUGCCAUGAUCCACCAGCUGCCGUACGGAUCCUUCUUGCGGAUCGUAGCCGAGAUGCUGAAGACGAAGGCGCCCGAGGUCGCCAAGCCGGCCGUUUGGGAUGCCGUGCACCUUUUGGAGGAGGAAGCAGAGACGGCGGAAUGCUUCGGAGCGCAGACUGAUGUGAAGGCCAUGAAGAGGUUCAAGAAGGGCCUGAAACACCUCAAUGUGUUGAGCUUGCUUUCGUUGGCCAAACGCAGGUGCCAAGACCAUGUCUGUGAGAAACUCACACAGAUUGCUGCAGACCUCCGCUUCCGGGUAUGA